UAUACGGAAGUGUCGACGUGAUAGCAGCGCGAGUAUCCAUGUAUCAUGAAAAUGGUGCGUUGUUUUUCGUGCGUUGUCUUGUGGAGUUGCAUGAACAUUGCGGUUUUGCAUCAGACACGGUCAGAAGCAGCGGGUUGCGGCUGUGAGGCGCUGAAAAGAGCCACAGAUUCCUGCGGAGACGCUGAGACAGCUGCUGCCAGAUACUCCAGAGCCGUGAACGAGGCUCAGAGCGCUCAGGAGGCAACGCCAAGUCAGAUGGUGCUGAUCUCUGGAGGACGAUUCCUGAUGGGAACAAAUGACCCAGGCAUCCCUGCGGAUGGUGAGGGACCACAGAGACCAGUGGACGUGGACUCCUUCUACAUAGACAUUCAGGAAGUCACCAACAAACAAUUCCAGAUUUUUGUCAAUGCCACAGGAUACAUAACUGAGGCAGAGAAGUUUGGAGACUCUUUUGUAUUUGAGGGAGUUCUGAGUGAUGCUGUGAAAAGUCAAAUCUCACAGGCAGUAGCUGCUGCCCCCUGGUGGCUUCCAGUCAAAGGUGCUAACUGGAGACAUCCAGAAGGUCCAGAUUCUAACAUUUCAGACCGGUUGAACCAUCCUGUUCUACAUGUGUCCUGGACAGAUGCUGCCACCUUCUGCUCCUGGGCCAAUAAGAGGCUUCCUACGGAGGCAGAAUGGGAGUAUGCCUGCAGGGGUGGCCUGAAAGAGAGAAUUUUUCCCUGGGGAAACAAAUUAAACCCAAAAAGACAACAUUAUGCCAACCUCUGGCAGGGAGAUUUCCCCUCACAUAAUUCUGGAGAAGAUGGAUACAUCAGAACUUCACCGGUGAUGUCAUUUCCUCCCAAUAACUUCGGUCUGUAUGACAUGGUGGGCAACGUGUGGGAGUGGACGGCAGACUGGUGGACAGUGCACCACACCACCGAACAGCAAAAUAACCCAAAAGGUCCACCUUCAGGUACAGACAGGGUGAAGAAGGCGGGUCGGUACAUGUGCCACAAGUCUUACUGUUACAGAUAUCGAUGUGCGGCCCGAAGCCAGAAUACUCCAGACAGCUCAGCUUCUAAUCUUGGUUUUCGCUGUGUUUCUCAAGUGACCUGACCUGCUGCACUUGGAUACAGUUUUUUUUUUUUUUCUUUUUCUUAAUCCGCUUUCUCAUAUACAACCCCUGGCAAU